AUGGAACAGGCGAGACCGGCCUCAGACCUCCUGGUGAGGCCUUUGACAGAGCGUGAGAUCGCCCUUGUGGAGGAGAUUCGCCUCACUGGCAACCAGUUCUUCAGGAAACAGCAGUACAGGGAUGCAGAGCUGCUGUAUCGCAGCGGCCUGGGGCUUAUGGCACUGGGACCAGAAGGCCUGCUCACAGAGAGCGCACAGGGCAGUGAGAUGCGCUGCAUAAAGAUGAGCCCCACAGAUGUGUGCUCGCGGCUGUCGCUGGAGGACAACCGGCGAGCUGCCACCCUCUUCGUCAACCUGGGGCAGUGUCUGCUCAAUGUGCCCGGCCCAUCGAGGGAGGCCACCAUUGCUGCCUUAGAUGCUGUUGAGAUCUGCUUCAGAGCGGAGGUUCAUCUCAAUUUCAUACAGCUGCAGAGAUCUCACAAGAGGAGCACUCCCACGACAAAUUAUCUUCCCCCAGAAGACCCGCUGUGUAGUCUUGUACUCAAGGCCAUAAUCCGCAAAGGGUUUGACAAGGGCUCACUGAAAGUUCGAGGUGUCCCUGAGGGUUUGGGUGACAUGUACACUAGAGCACAGCGACAGCAGGCAAUCAAGCAUGCCCCCGUUGUCCACAGAAUCAGGGGGCACUUCAGCUGCGGCUCUGUGAGCAACGGUGCAGUCUUUGUCGUGCACUUCUCCUCAGAGCAGGGGGCUCCUGCCGAAUCUUACAUGGUCACCCAGUGGCGGAAGAAUGCUCAGGGGGGAGUUUGCAUGAGCUGCUGGGGCCUUUUCUCUGGAGAGCCCAUGAAGCCUUACCUAACAGGAGUGGUGUUCAAAAACUGCCUCUACUGCCUGCACCUGUUGGGGGAAGAUCCCCACAUGUUUUACUGCCCUCUGGGGCCUGAUGGCAUUGGCCUCCAGGGCACCGGCUUGAAGGUGGCCCUGGAGUAUUCAGAGGACUGCUCAAAGAUGAGGAAACCUGUUUCUGUGGAUGACUUGGGAAGAUUGGUGGCGUGUGGCGAUGCAAUGUAUCUUUUCGGCGGCAUUGACAUCCUCGAGAAUGGGCAAAGUUCGGCCGCAAAUGACCUCUACAGGUUUGUAUUAAAGUAUGAUCAGGACGGCGCAAUCUCCCACGCACAGUGCACAAAAGUUAUAUCAGAAUGCCCGCCAUCGCCAAGAUGGGCCCAUGCAACCUUUGUCCAUGGAAACCAGAUCUUCAUUUAUGGCGGGGUGGACGAAAGCAAACUAGCGUACAAUGACAUGUGGAGCUUUGAUGUGGAGACGGGUCAGUGGAGCUGUGUCGAGUGCUUCGGCUGCAAGCCCUGCGCAAGAUAUGCCGCGGAUGUGGAGAGGGCUGUGCUUGUGGGGGGCUGCACAAAUGCGGGCCUACCACCGUCUCGAAAAAAUUGCCUGUGGCUGGCGGACGUCUGGGAGUUCCACUUUGCAGAGCAGUGCUGGAUUCAAGUUGUGCCAGAGAACAGGAACCAGCCGUGGAUAGCCGGGCAGCAGAGCGCGGCGUGCGGCCUGGUGGGCAAUGACACGCUGCUGGCUGUCGGGGGUUAUGGGCCUCACCGCAAGCCUGAGAACGAUGUGCUGGCCAGAUUCACCUUCACCUCUGGGCCGGCUCUUGCUCUGCAUGCCAGCGUUGCAAAGCAAGGCCGCUGGAGGGAUCUGGCAGUGGAGCGCGCAUGCGAGGCAGUGGCAGGGCUGAAGCCUGAUCUGGCGCGCAUGCCAGAGAACCUGCAGGAGCUUUACGGGGCGCCGGCAGGGUCCGUAACGCUGCUGACAUCCGAUGUGCCCGGCAUGGCCGCCACGGUUCUCACGCCGAGCGACAAAGAAAUGAAAGAGAUGAUGCCUCCGAGCUGUAAAUUUGGCCCACACCCGCAGGAGCCACUUCGGCCAUUGGGGGCUCACAGCGUCUGGGGCUCAGAGGAGUGCCCCUUUGAUCUGGCCCCCCGCUGGCUGACAUCACCCUCUGAGGUCAGCGUCAACCUGGCAAGUGCCAGGUCAGGAAGCCUGACGGAUCUCUUGCCAUUUACCUUAUGCCAGACGGUCAAGGUCUUUGGCACAGUUAAGGUGUGA